GGAUCAUGACCACUCCCUCAGCAGCGUGGGAGGGCAGAUGAAGAGGAUUACUAGCACCUUACAGCUGCUUGUCUCAACAUGAACUUUUAGAUUUCCCGUGUGUUCUGAGACCCUGCGGACUGAAUGGAAAAGAUAAAAAGAAGAAGUACUAAUACUAAACAGUGUUUAGUGUGAAGAAGGACUAUAAACCUGAACAUGGAUUUAGAACAUGGGGCCGUAGAGCUGGAUUCCUCUUGUAACUCCCCCUGCGAUGAAGCAGUUAAUUGCUUAGACGUUCAGAUCCAGGACCCAGAGAUGGACCCCGGACUUGUUUUUGUUCCCAGUGGGAAUCAUCUGAUGUCUGGUCUGCUGGGUCUGAAUGUGGUGCUGCUGGGAGCGGCCCUGGUGGCCGGAGAGGCUUUCAACCCAGAGGGCCUGAAGCACCAGGAGCCCCAUGUGUUCAUGCUGCUGCUGAUGGGGGUCAGUUUGGUUUGGAUGCUGUGGUACCUGCUGUGGGCCAGGAAACAGCCUGGAAUCUGCCCACAUAAAGACCACCACGCUGGGGGGGUCACCACCACCUUGGUCCUCAUACUUUUCGCUGUAUUCAGUCUGCUGCUGUAUAUCUGCAGAAUUGGGUACUUGGUCAGUAUAAUGGAGUGUCAGCCGGCGGCUGAAGUGCUCUCUCCAUUCAUGGAGGCUCCUUUUCUCGCACUGCAGGCUUAUUUACUGUGGUCUCACUCCAAAGACUGCAUUCAUAAACACAAGUUAAUCACCAGGUCUGGCCUCAUGGUGAUCCUGGCAACCGACCUGCUGCUCUGGCUCAACGCUGUGACGGAGGAUACCAUCCACGAGGAGAUCGAGUUAGAAAAACAAGACAUGCUUGAUGCCAGCAACACAAACUCAACUGAAGCAGACAUCUCUGAUUUAGCAGGAUUUGCCAAUACGACCUUCUGCCAGUGCAAUGCGACUGCAGUCUGCCUCGGCUUCAGGAAAGGCUACGAAAUCCUUCAUCCCUUCAACAUGGAGUUCUACCUGAUGGCGGGCUGCAUGAUCUAUGUGAUGUGGAAGAACGUGGGCCGCAGGAUGAGUUCAGAUCACCACCACGUUACUCAGAAGCUGACCCUUAGUGUUGUCUACAAAGGGGGGGUCAUAUAUGGCCUCGUGUUUGGCGCCCUGGUCCUCGGAGCAGGAGUGUCAGUCUUUGUUCUGUACCAGGUUUGGGUGAGCCGGCGGCAGCUUCGCCUCACCGCCUUCCUCAUAUUUUACGGCUACCAUUUAGCCGUCAUGCCCAUCAUGUCUCUCUGCUCCCUGGCUGGGAUGGUGGUAUACAGGCUGGAGAGGAGAGCCAACGAAGCGGGACACAACCCCACUCGUAGCCUGGAUGUGAGCCUCCUGGUCGCAGCAGCUCUGGGCCAGCUCGCUCUGUCCUACUUCUCCAUAGUGGCUGCCCUGGCCUUGGAGAGGCGCGGGACUCUGGGGGACCUCGACCUUUCCUACUCCCUCCUCAGCCUGCUGGAGCUCAUCCUCCAGAACAUCUUCAUCAUCGAGGGCCUUCACAGGCACCCGAAGCUCAAGAAGAAAGAGAAGCAGCUGAGCAGCAUAUUCAAGUUUAAGAAAAAGGUUGCCGAGGAGAGGAACGUGGAUAUUUCAAUGCUGGACAAGUCAAAUGCUGUUGAUGAGAAAACAUCCUGGACUAAAAGAGCGAUACAAGAAAUCUGUGCUUUCCUCGUCCUUUCUAACGUCAUGCUGUGGAUCAUCCCUGCGUUUGGAAUCCACCCCCAGUUUGAAAACGGCAUCGGGAAAGAGUUUUUUGGCUUCUCUGCUUGGUUUAUUCUGGUAAACCUGGGUCAGCCGCUCAGCGUUUUUUACAGGAUGCACUCCGUGGGCGCUUUAAUAGAGCUGCUCAUCUCUGCAUGACGAGCAGUGGUGGUCCAACAUGACAAUGUGACCACAUGACAUAUUUGGUUUAAAAACACAAUCAUUUAUAAAUUAUUUUUAGUCCCAAUUAAAGGAAAUUUUAACAGCCAACAGUAAUAUUUGACAACAGUGUGCUGCCAGCGACAUGCACAAAGACAGUGGUGUGAAAGAACUUUAGUGGACGACGGAAAUUGGAAUCCAAAAAUUGUAAAAUGUCAAUAUGUUCUGCAGACAUGGCAGCCGCCCUUCAACCAACCAGAUUUUCUUCAGUUGAGCUGGAAAAAAUACAACAACUCCAUGAAUAGCUUAAGGUGGUAAAUUACAACUAGCAAAUAAACAUCCCAUAAAAUUAAUAAAAAUGCCUCAGUAAUUUAUGACCCUGACCCAGGGUCAGUGUAACAAAACACGUAAUUCAAAGGGUACAAAUUAGUUUUCUUUGGUGCUUUCAGCCACAUCUCAUGAUCUUCAUUAGCAAAUGGAUCUGGCUCUUAUGUCUUCACGUGACCUAGAGGUCCUUAAGGGGGUCUCUUAAAUAGUUGAAAUUACCGCCUUAACUUUCUUCGAUUCUUAAAUUAGUAAUACUUUCAAUAGUAUAUUGUGAGAGCAGACUGAUGAGCAACAUUAAUCUAAAAGGAAAAUCAAAGGUUUCAGUUCUUUUACCUACCAAAUGCAAGUUUUUGUUUCCCUUGGACUCAAACAUCUGUCCUGCACAGAAACCUGACCCUCAUCCAACACAUUUGGGUGUGGCGUUCAGGCGUCCACAUACUUUUGGGAAAACAGUGUGUUUCAGGAAAAUGUAUGAAAUGAAAUAACUUCCUCUGAGCUCAAACCGAUCUCAUCAGUUUUUAAUUCUGGCAGGAUAUAUAACAUCAUAUUCACAAGAGGUUCCUUUGCGGUUUCUGUCUGGAAAUGACAGAAAAGAAAUCCCAUGUUGAGUUUCCUUUCAGCACAAUGUGAAAGGCUUCAGUACAGCAGAAUCCUUUAGUCUAGAGUGAGCCGACAGUAGUAGUAGUUCAUUUAUGGCAAAGGGUUUAAAGAACAAACAGAAAACUGCUCAAAAAAGUCAAAUACAUCACUAAGUCAUGUGCUCAUGUCACUUAAUCUCACUAAUUGUCACCAAUUAAAUUUUUUUGGCAAAAUGAAUAAAUUACUAUUUAAUAAUUUAAAUUGAAUUACCAUUUGGCAUUGUUUUUACUGCAGCCGCUCAUAAUCCAUGUUUUGACACAUGUAGACAUUUCCUCUUUUGUCUAAACCCUGAAAGCUGUCGGGAAGAAUUCAGAACAAGAUUUUCACUGCUUGUUUUUUCUUUAAAUAAACACCAAAACAAUGUGAAA